AUGAUUAGAAGUCCGGAGGAGCUCAAGAAAUAUGACUUGAGCAGCGUAAGAUUCCUGUAUACGGGUGCAGCUCCCAUGGGCGAGGAAACGAUACAAGACCUCAAGAAGAUGUUCCCCAAAUGGAAUGUAGGACAAGGAUAUGGAAUGACCGAGACGGCCACAGUCGUUCUUUCCACAAGUGAGCACGACGUCUUGAAUAAAUCCUCGGGUUCUCUGGUCCCUGGAGCGAAAGCCAAGGUAAUUGGUUUCGACGGCAAGGAAGUGACCAAGUACGAUGAACCUGGGGAGCUCUGGAUCCAAUCGCCCUCAGUAACCCUCGGGUACCUCAAUAAUGAGAAGGCGACAGCAGAGACCUUCUUACAUGACGAGGAUGGACGAUGGAUUCGUACCGGAGACGAGGUCAUUGUCACCAAAGCGCCAUCCGGUAAUGAGCAUAUUGUGGUUGUCGAUAGGAUCAAGGAAUUGAUCAAGGUUAAGGGCCACCAAGUCGCACCAGCCGAACUCGAAGCUCAUUUGCUCUCGCAUCCAGCUGUGGGCGAUUGUGCAGUGAUACAAACUCCUGACGAGCAAUCUGGCGAGGUGCCAAAGGCUUUUGUUGUCAAAGCACCAUCCUACAGUAACAAGUCAGAUCAAGAGGUUGCACGAGAAGUCAUGAAGUGGGUUAAGGAGCACAAAGCGCCAUAUAAAUGGCUCAAGGGAGGGGUGGAGUUUCUGGAUGUCGUGCCGAAGAGCCCCAGCGGUAAGAUUCUUCGAAGGCUCCUUCGAGACAAGGAGAAAGCAGCGAAGAAAGCAGCUGGAGCAAAGCUAUAA